AUGACGCUCCAUACGUACAUAGACGAAGUAUACCUAAAUUCUUCCGUAUUAUACUGAUUUAGUUGGACCAUCAAAUGGACAUGCUCGAGAGCAAAAUGCUGCAGAAGAAGCCAUGGUACCUCCAAGGUGAAACGGUCGCUAAAGACAGAGAAGAAAAUGCCCUUCUCGGAGAACAUUUGGAAGUACAGCGUCACGCCAUUUACAGUGAUGAUUUAUUUUUAAAUAACACUUAUUUUCUCAGUCCCGUCUGCGAUUGACGAGAGUACAAUUGUGGAUUUCAUCAAGAGAGGAAUUAAAGAGAGGGUGCCUGUGCCGUCAUUCAUUAUUCAAGUAUCUUUCCCAUAUAGGCUUUUGACAGUGCAGUGCUUAAAGUAAAACUUAAGGAAACUGCCACUUCCAAUAAAGUUAUUGGAGGCAGUUCAAAGACUUCUCUUGUAGAGGAUUAUGAGAACCUUUACAUCAAAGCCAAGGUAAUAUCAUACUAACUAUCACUGCGUCCGCCAAGGCACUCGAAAAAGUCCAGGAGGACCCCGAAAAAGAUACUCUUCGAAGAGAGAUAAUAGAAUUAUUUGAUAAUCUGGACGCGCUAUCCAGCAUGCAUUUCGUGCCAAGAUCGGUGAGUUCCCUAAUGAGCUUGUUGGAAUGGUUUCCCUCUACAUAUCGUUUUAAGUUAGUUUUUACUCUACUUGUUAGCCCUCCCUUAUAUUCGUUUUGGGUUGGAAAUUCUCGAAGACUUCUGUUACUCUUUGAUCACCCGUUAUACAUAUUAGCCCAACUUCGACCGAAAUAACGCGUGAAAGCCGAAGUGACAUGGGCUCCAAGCUUGAGUUUGUCUCGCCUUUUGGUUUGGUUGCUGCACAGGUACAGCAUCUUUUAAACACCGAAUAAGUACUGUUUGGUCCUACAUUCAUUCGAGAUAUUUGCGGGUAAAAAUUUCAAAAACGACUGCCAACUUGUCUUAUAGUGUGCAUAUUCCCUUUUCCGUAUUUUGCGAACUGCUUGCGCUAACAGCCUCUAUCUACAGAGAACUAUCUGACCUGACUUUUAUGUAAGUACGAUUUAUGUAUGCAGUCUAGCGGACAGAUGCAUCUAGCGUCGGGGGCUGCUAGUGUUUGUAAUUUCCAUUUCAACGAGGUUGAGGGGAGCCACGUGAUGACGGCCUCAUCCCAGUUCAAUCGAGGUCUGUCUGGCGCGCCAGUGUAUAUAGAACGUUAAGGCGUCCCGUCAAUAACUGGUAUCUGCUGAUUUAUGAUGACCGCGGACAAAUACUCAUCUAUGGUUAGUUCUAUGUGGUACUGUAAAGCUGUGACUGAGAUUUGUUUGGUAGCCCAGCUGACUGCAAUAUUUUCAUAUUCGCAAGUUGUAAGCUCCGGCUUGAUGAUUUGAAAAGAUGGGCUCACCGGAAUGGGUUUAUCUUGGUACGGAAGCUUCGAAGAGCUCGGUCGACUCCCCAUUGUCAAAGCGUAAAAUGAACUUAAUCGACCAGGAACUGAAGUGGCAUGUCGCGUUGGCUGGCCUCAUGCUGAUUUAUUUCCCUCUUCUCUCGCUGUGUCAGCCUCUCGGGCGAUGCUUGGCGGGCGUUUUACUUGCGUCGAGGGGAGCCUGUCUUUCCUGACUGCUUUGAAUAAUAGUGGUCCGUGGUGAGAUGAACUGACAACGCCGUCCCAGAUGAAUCAAUUAAGAUGAAUGCUGUUACAAGCCGAAGUACAAAUAACUGCAGAUAGUUUUAGGAGGUAUUACUGUACAAACUAGUGACCAUUAGGAACCAGUCUUUACAAGAGACUGGCUAGUUCAAUAACAAUGCCGGAAAGUCGUAUUGUAGCUGAACCUGCGUAAUUCGCGGGGACUGCCAUCAUGGCAAAGACUACGAACUCAUAGUAACCAAGUUAAAACCUCACAUCGAAAACAUCCUAGGGCGUAACACAAAUUUGUCACUAAUGUCGCUUGUUAUUUUUCCUUCGGACGCUCUCGCACUUUCCCGUUUACACUAUUUUUUGACAUCUAUCGUGCGAUCAUUGACCUGGCCGAUUUUCCUUUUAGCGCGUGGACGGGUAUAACAUUAUCACAAACAAACAGGCCUUGGUAUUAGAGGAAGCCGGACCAACCGCAAUCGCAGAAGGUGACCUGUUGGCCCCAGAGGAAGUUUUCGAACCUCGGGGCGAACCCAUCAAAGGAACAUCAGAGAUCACUUCUACGGACAGGAGGCGACAUCGGAAAAAGCUAAUGCGCAUCCGAGCGAAGCAAAGGGAGGCUCGAGCCAAGAUGUCGGCACGCACCGACGAUCGUCGUGCUGCAAUGAACAAGAUAUUAAAGAUGGCUCACAAACCGGGAUCUAAAAUAAAGAUUGCCAAGUGA